AUGAAUUGUUGUACUUAUUUCAUUCAUUUCCUGAUGUUUCCACCUGGGUAUGGCACUGGAGGAUCAUCAUCAACAACAUGUAAUUGGAUUGGACCUUUGAUUCUGAAGUUAUUCUCCAAAAACUGCUAUCACACGCAACAACAACGUCGCUGUUGCACACACAAAAACAUCGAAGUUAUCAAGGCAAACAAACAAGCCGGUUAA